AUGGCGUCGAACGGAGCAACCACACCUCAGUCACAGGCGCAAGUGCAGCCCUGUCGAUACAAGACCGGAAAGACAUUGGGUGCGGGAAGCUACUCCGUUGUCAAGGAGUGCGUGCAUAUCGACACAGGAAGAUACUAUGCCGCCAAGGUCAUCAACAAGAGGCUCAUGGCGGGGCGAGAGCACAUGGUCAGGAACGAGAUUGCCGUUCUGAAGAGAGUGUCCAUGGGCCACAGGAACAUCCUGACCCUGGUGGACUAUUUCGAGACCAUGAACAACUUAUAUCUCGUGACCGACCUUGCCCUUGGAGGCGAGCUGUUCGACCGCAUCUGUCGAAAGGGCAACUACUACGAGUCUGAUGCCGCAGACCUGAUUCGAGCCACACUCUCUGCUGUCGCCUACCUCCACGACCACGGCAUUGUACACCGAGACUUGAAGCCUGAGAACCUGCUGUUCCGUACCCCCGAAGACAACGCCGAUCUUCUGAUUGCUGACUUUGGACUGUCGCGCAUUAUGGAUGAAGAGCAGUUCCAUGUUCUCACGACCACCUGCGGAACUCCCGGCUAUAUGGCGCCUGAGAUCUUCAGAAAGACUGGUCACGGCAAGCCUGUCGACAUCUGGGCUAUCGGCGUCAUCACUUACUUCCUCCUCUGCGGCUACACACCGUUCGACCGCGACUCAAACCUCGAAGAGAUGCAAGCCAUUCUUGUCGCUGACUACUCAUUCACGCCGCUCGAAUACUGGCGCGGUGUCUCGCUCACAGCUCGCGAGUUCAUUCGCCGUUGCUUGACCGUGGAUCCAGCAGCGCGCAUGACCUCGCACGAAGCUCUGUCGCACCCUUGGAUUGCUGACCUCGGCGCCAGUAAAGCCGAGGGUGAAGAAGAUCUGCUGCCAACAGUCAAAAAGAACUUCAACGCUAGGCGCACGCUUCACGCAGCUAUCGACACCAUCCGUGCCAUCAACCAGUUGAGGGCUGGCGGCGCAGCUGGCAUGAUGGACGGCAUCAAGGCGAGCGAGCCGCGCCGUGGCGCACCUCCAGCUCCCAAGUUUCCCCAGCCUGCAGAAGAGGGGUCUGACCCUAUGGAGAUCGACCAUGUUGACAGUCGGGGCAACGGUCACGGCCAGACCGAAGCUAUGAUCAAAGAGCAAGAGCGCAGGAUCCGAGAGACACAGCAAGGACUGUGGGGUAAGCGCUGA